AUGAGGCAUUUUCCCUCAUUAUAUAUACCAAGAGGAAAGAACCGAAUCCGAAGAUGUAUAAUUUGUAGCAAAAAUGACAAAAGAUUGGAAUCAGGAUAUGAAUGUAAAGAUUGUAAUGUUGGUUUAUGUAUAUCCUUGAUAUCCUUGAUAUAUCCUAUGUAUAUCCUUGUAGAUCCUUGUUUUAGAAUAUACCACACCAAAUUACAUUACUAACCGUUAUACGUAUAUUAAUAUAUUAUCUAAUUUGUAUUUCUUACUAAUUAUAAUAAACGUUUAUUCAUAUAGUCUGUAAAAGUAUAAAUAUCUAA